AUGGUCAUUGAAAAGAUUGAUGACAAAAGUUCGAACAGUCCAUUGACUGCCCCAAGACUAAUUGACUUGAUUGAGAGUCAGUUCUCCGAGUCUCAGGUGAGUGCUGACACCUUGAUCCAACAUAUACUGGAAAGUUUGAAUAAGCAUUCCUCUCAGUACAAAUACAUUGUAUCGGUAACUAGCAUUGAUAUACCCACGGAAAGUUCUAGCUCAUGUGAAAUAGAUAAUAAGUUUGGUGCCUCUUGGAACGCCAAAAAGGAUGGUUUCCUAACACAUGUAUUGGAAGAUAAGCAUGCCGGGAAGAAUCAUGUUGUCUCAGUGGCAUGGUUAUCUAAAUGA